GUCAUGUUCCCAGAAAGCGCUUGGUAUCUUCCAAUCUCUCAAACUGUUUCAUUUCACCUGUCAUCAUCCAUUAUUCUAUUCAUUUUCAUUGACUUUGCCUUCCAUAUACUUCAAGCAUUAGAGUGGAGCAGGUAGAAGAAAAGACUCUCCUCUUUUCUUCACCUUCAGCCAAUUCAGAACAAUACAGUGAGUAAUGGAGGAAACAAAAGACUCUCCUCCAGUACAAGGUGUAGUAAUAAUCACACUACCACCUCCUGACAAUCCUUCUUUAGGCAAAACCAUAACUGCAUUUACACUCUAUGAUUCACCACCACCACCACAACAAGAACCACCACAACAAGAACCAUCACAACAAAGCCAACCACAUAAUCAAGAUCCAAACACUGAUUUUUUUCAUGUUUCUUUAGAAAAAUCUUUCUUUUUUCGACCAAGAAUGAUUCUUGGAUUUCUGGGUAUCUCUUUAAUUGCUUUAUCAUUCUGGUCUUCACUUCCACAAGAGACCCUUUUUGAAUUACGUGAUGUGGAGGAUCAUGAUCAUAACAGUUCCAACAGUUCGUUUAUUCUUCCUUUGUAUCCUAAGCGUGGUAGUGCCUGGAAUUCAAGAACGGAUGUUGAGUUCAAACUUGGGAGGUUUGUGGAUUUCAAACCUGAUAUUGUUAUGGAUCAAGAAAAGAUUGCUAAGUCUGUUUCUGCUGCAACUAAGUUGGGCUCUUCUGCUAAUUUUCCUGUCAAGGGUAAUAUUCAUUCGGAUGGGUUGUACUACACAUAUAUGCUUGUUGGAGAUCCUCCUAAGCCUUAUUUUCUUGAUAUUGAUACGGGAAGUGACUUGAUGUGGAUCCAAUGUGAUGCUCCAUGCACUAGUUGUGCUAAGGGAGCCCACCCAUUGUACAAGCCCAGAAAUAUCAAUAUGAUACCUCCCAAAAAUCCCUAUUGUGUUGAGGUUCAAGGGAAUCUGAGAUCCAAGUAUUGUGAUAACUGUCAUCAAUGUGAUUACGAAAUAGAAUACGCUGACCACAGCUCUUCUUUUGGGGUUCUUGCAAAAGAUGAAAUUCAAUUGGUGCUUGCAAAUGGGACAGCAACCAAGUCAAAUGUUGUCUUCGGCUGUGCAUAUGAUCAGCAAGGCACGCUUCUCAACACUUUAGCAAGCACUGAUGGGAUCCUUGGACUUAGCAGAGCUUCAAUCAGUUUGCCUUCUCAGCUAGCGCGCCAUGGGUUCAUCAACAAUGUUGUUGGACAUUGUCUUGGCACUGAUACAAAUGGGGGCUACUUGUUCUUAGGCAAUGACUUCGUCCCACAUUGGCAGAUGUCUUGGGUCCCUAUGCUGAAUUACCCAUUUCCAAAUCUCUAUCAAGCACAAUUGAUGAAAAUGAACUAUGGAGGGAAAGAACUUCGAUUAGGCAGCACGAGAGAUCGACAAGGUACAGCAGUGUUUGACAGUGGCAGUACUUAUACAUAUUUUACAGAUCAAGCAUACAAAGCUUUAAUUUCCAUGCUUGAAGAGAUUUCCAGUGAAGAUCUUAUCAAGGAUGUAUCAGACACGACAUUACCCAUUUGCUGGCGAGCUAAAUUUCCAGUAAGAUCUAUUACAGAGGUUAGACAAUUCUUCAAACCAUUAAACCUUCAAUUUGGAAGCAAGUGGCGUAUCGUGUCCACUAAGCUCUCCAUUCCUGCAGAAGGGUAUUUGACUAUAAGUGAAAAGGGUAACGUGUGCUUAGGUAUACUUGACGGAAGCAACAUUCAUGAUGGUUCUGCUAUAAUACUUGGAGAUAUUUCACUACGUGGUCAGUUGUUCGUGUAUGACAAUGUUAACCAGAAGAUUGGGUGGAUAAGAUCCAAUUGUGAACGACCACAGAAACUUGCGAGUCUUCCAUUUUUUUGACAGAGAACACCACUAGAACUCCAUUUCCACAGUGAUCACACUGUUAAUUCUUCCUGUUUAAUAUGUUUGGUGAGUGGAAAUUAUGCUAAAAAGGUUCUAAUCCUUUUAGCCAGAGAGGAAAGGUUGUAUAGAUUUGUUUUGCUUUCUGAUAUAUAUGGGUAUGGUCCUGGUGUGCAUAUCCAAUUUUUUGUGCCACACUUUGAAGCUUUACUUCUUUUAUCUAUUUGAUGCAAUGAUAAUCA